GUUUGCUAGUUUUGUUUGUUUUGGAAUCGUCAAUGUCAAUUUCUAGUUUGUUUUGUUUUGUAUGUAUACUCACACUACAGUAAUACAAUUAUUUAAUUAAAUAUUUGUAGUCAUCAUUUGUCAUAUAACUAAGAUUCAUUUGAUUCAUAACAAUACAAAUUAUUUCAAACUCUUGUACUGUAACAUCUAUGCUAUUAUCGAGGUUAUAUUGUUUGAAAUUGUUAUUUUAAAAAAAUGAUAGGAGACAAAGCCUUUGAACUAAUUAAAGAUUUGGAAAGGAGCAGGGGAAGUUUAUUGCCAUUUGAUGAUGAUCGGGUAAGACUUGUAUUCGAAGAAAUGAGAAUGCUGUGUGAACAAAUCUCUGAAGCGAUGAAUUCUACUACAGAUGUCGAUGCAAACGAAAUAUUUCCAGAAGUGAAACUGGAGAAAGCAGCAUUGGAGAGAAAUCAAAGAUGUCUUCUAGCCUAUUUGUGGAACCGAAUGCAACUAAUUCGUCAGAUGAGGUGGGAAUUCGGGAGCAUCCUGCCGCCUGAUAUUAAGGAAAACUUGAGUGAGUCUGAAGUGAAAUGGUUCAACAGUUACAGCAAAUCACUUGCAAAAUACAUGAAGUCCCUGGGAAGAAAUCAUGGCCUGAAUCUGACCCAGGAUAUCAAACCUCCUAAGUCACUUUAUGUAGAGGUACGAAGUUUGAUGGACUAUGGGAAAUUGGAGCUUGACGAUGGUGAAGUGAUUAUACUAAAGAAGAACAGUCAACACCUGAUGCCUCGUUCCCUCAGUGAACCUCUGAUAAGACAAGGAAUCCUGGAACAGAUCUCAAAUUAGUGUAAUAGACAUUGUGAUACACUUCUUGUGCUUCAUUAAUCAGUGUGAACAAUUCAACUAUUUCCUAUAAAAAUGUCUUUAUUCUAAAAAUAUGUUUCAACUGCAGAUAUUGUUAUUUAUUGGAAAAGUUUGUAAACACAAUUAGAAUACUAUUAACUGUAAUCUAUUAUUCUAUGUUAUUUUAAAGUAAUUUUAUUGUUAUUCUUGAAACCGGCAGCUACUUUACUCUUUGGUGGCAAUUUUCAUUGCUCUUGUGGUAAUUUUUAGCAAUUUGUAUUGUUAUGGAUUUAAAUUUAUAAAAAAUCCUAGACUUAUUUUGAGCAUAUUGUGUUGUAUAAAUAUAUCAUUCUUUUUGUUGAGAGUGUAAUAAAAUUUAUUAGUAAUUAA